AAAAUUUUUUCCAAUUAGGCAAGCUUAAAAAAAAAAACAAACAAAGGAGAAAACCCGCAUCCUAAACCGAUACCAAUUGGAGCAGGGCCCGUUUUCAUAAAGGAAGUUUCUUGAGGAAAGGGGAAUCCAGCAUACUGUUAUUUCUAUAGCAUCAGAUCACCGAUUUUGCUCUGCUUCUUUUUCUUUAAUUGACUGAUUUAUAGCCUUAAAUCAGAAUGAAUUUUAUGGCUUCAACGCAACCGGAAAAUAGAUUACUUGGCCCUCAAUCUGACUCUCAAAGGACUCUUUACCCAUAUGUGACUGGAACAUCAGUUGUGGCUUUAAAGUACAAAGAUGGGAUUUUGAUGGCUGCUGAUAUGGGAGGUUCUUAUGGGUCCACCCUACGGUACAAGAGUGUGGAGCGAAUGAAGCCUAUUGGCAAGCAUUCUCUUCUGGGUGCAAGUGGAGAAAUCAGUGAUUUCCAAGAGAUUUUGCGUUAUCUAGAUGAGCUUAUCUUGUAUGACAAUAUGUGGGAUGAUGGCAACUCUUUGGGGCCUAAAGAGGUGCACAAUUACUUGACUCGAGUCAUGUAUAACCGGCGUAACAAAUUCAAUCCAUUGUGGAACUCCCUUGUGCUUGGUGGGGUUAAAAAUGGACAGAAGUAUCUUGGAAUGGUCAACAUGAUUGGUGUAAACUUUGAGGACAAUCAUGUUGCAACUGGGUUUGGAAAUCACCUUGCACGGCCAAUUCUUCGUCAAGAGUGGCAUGAGAACUUGAGCUUUGAAGAUGGUGUUAGACUACUGGAGAAAUGCAUGCGUGUUCUCCUCUAUCGUGAUAGAUCAGCUGUUAAUAAGCUUCAGAUAGCUAAGAUCACUGAAGAAGGUGUGACAAUUUCCCAGCCGUACUCAUUGAAGACCUACUGGGAAUUCUCUGCAUUCAAGAAUCCUACUCAGGGUGCUGUAGGAUCAUGGUAGCUGUAGCAAACAUUUCAUCCUUUCUGGAAAGUUUGAUGGUAUAAAAAAAAAAAAUUAAACAAACAAGUAGGAGUUAAAUUAAAAGUUGAUGCAUUUUAUGUUUGAUUGAAACUGUUGAGUUCUGAGCUGUGAUCCAUCUUUAUGGUUCUGUAAAACGAUUAAGUUUGAGGUUGAUUAUCAUGAUUAAUGUGGCAGCAGCUGCUUUUUCUUUUCUUGUUUUUAAGCUCCUAGAGAUGUUAUCCAUUCUUGAUGUAAGAUUGAGCAUUCUCGUAGAAUCUGGACUCAGCAAAAUUUAUCUAUUCAGUUUAAUAACUGUGCUAUAAAGAUAUGAAUCCGAACAAGACAUUUUUUAAUAUAAUCCAAAAAAGUGAUCAGCCGAAACUUCAUUGACCCUAUGCCAAAAGAGAAGAAGUUUUUGGGUUGAGCUUGGUUUCAGAUUGUCCAUCCUAGCCUGAUUCGUACCCAGCCUCAGUGGCCCUAAUCGGUUUUAGGACAGGGCCUUAUGGCCUUCAUUCGACUGUCGACCCAAGAGAAAGUGGAGCUGCGGGCAAACCAACCACGUUGAUUCCUCUCUCAAGUUCAACACAUGCGAAGACCUCAAGGUGGGAAUGCAACAAACCAAACCCCUCAUUUGUCAAUGAACGCUGGAAUGAGAAAUUGAAUUUCUCCAAACAAAACAAGGAGAGAUUAACUAACAAUCUCGCUCAUGAUGAAGACAUUUGACAAGAAGAGAUAAAAGGAAAAGGAUGAGAAGGGAAUUCCAAGUUGUCAACAUAUCCUUCUGGCAUUGCCAAAAUCUUGGUCAUGGAGGGCCGAAGACCAGGCUCGGUUUGUAUGCACCACUAUGACCACCUUUCUUGCUAUCUCUAAAACGUCAACCUGC